AUGGGCAUCCUGAGCCCAAAAAUCCUGCGGUGUUGGUACCGCUCGAAGACUGGCCUGGAAGAGACCCGGGCAUAUGCUGGCGAAAUGCAUUUGCGGCCAGAGAGCCCGCAAAGCCGUGUGAGUUUGUCACCACGCUUUUUGUCACUUCUUACGGAAGGAGGGACUGGUGAGGGUCUCCUUCGUCGUGCCUUUGAUGAGACCCAGCGUCGCGCCUAUGUGAACUGGGAGAAGAAGCCCUGGAUGUCGCAAGAAGAGAACUGGCUGGCAGCCGAGCGCAGCUUUGUUAGAGUCACAGUUCAAUGUGCAGGUGAACGCAGUGUUGAAGUGCCUGCCCAGAAGUUCUCCAUACAUCAAGCACGGCAACUUCUAGCUGUACCCGGUGAAGGUCGCCUAGUGAAAGAUAUGAAUGAUGCCGGAGUUGACAGCCCCUUCAAGGAGACGACGGCGAGGACGGACAUGAGUGUCCCCAUGAGUGGAAAAUCAGAAAACCACGGAUUGGACGACAAAGCUUCGACCAAAAUGGAUCCAGAUCGAUCUGCCAGUGGCACAAGCUUCGCCAGUUGCGAAGAACUCGGUGUGAGUUUUCCAUCUCCAGGUGAAGGAACAAAAUCAGUGGCUCUUCCAGUGGCAGAGACCACCCAGCUUGAAACGACUGGAGUUGCUGUUAAUGAGACGAAGUGUCCGAAGAGUGGAGUUCCUAGAGACUCGUCAUUUUCCAUUCCAAAGCUGCCCUUGAACUUAGUCCGAAGGUCCACUGGCCAGCAUAGUCAGCGCAGCCAGCGCAGCCAGCGCGAUGGUGUGCUGUGGCCAGGGACCAUCAUGGAAUUACCGCCGUGGCCAGCACCACCAGAGGGACAUCCAUUGAUUACACCCAGAACAGGCGCCGCAGCUAUGCCACGGAAGGAAGUCUUUUCAAUGUGUACGCCCCGCCCAGCAGGCCCAUUUAUUCCAAGUCCAAUUCAAUCGCGCAGUCCCAGCGUGAGCAGUGAGGAGAGUUUUCUGGAUGCUUACGAGAACUGGGACCGGAUUGGUUCGAUUGAAACAGCCGCAUCACAGCAGGAAGUCGUCAUGACGGUGCGUAGUGAGAAGGCCUCUGACCGAAGCAACUUCAGCCUCUAUGGGCUCUACGGAAGUGGGCAAGAUGCAGAAGCACGGGUGCUUCGUAAGGUGAUUUGCGAUUUGGAGAUGCGCUUGCAGGAGCAGGAGCAGGAGCUUCAAGCUUGGCGUUGCGGACAAAGGCGUUUUGCCGAUUGAUACGACACGAUACGACACGAUACGACACGAUAC